AUGGAAGACACGACGACCAGCAAAAGGGUUCCCCGAGCGCUCACCGUCGCCGGGUCUGACUCCGGCGGCGGGGCCGGCAUCCAGGCCGACCUCAAGACCUUCAACACUCUCUCGGUUUAUGGCACAUCGGUACUCACCGCUCUGACGGCCCAGAACACCGUUGGGGUGCAGGGUGUCCAGCCUGUUCCUGCGAGUUUCAUCUUGGAACAGACUAAGAGUGUGCUGGAGGAUAUCGGGUGUGAUGCUGCCAAGACUGGAAUGCUCUUCGACGUGGAGACGAUCGAAACCGUCGCCCAGAUCUUCAAGCAAUACAGCAUCACCCGGCUCGUAGUAGACCCCGUGAUGGUAUCCACCUCCGGCGCCCGACUCCUAAACGAAAACGCCGUCACAGCUCUCCGGUCGACCCUCCUCCCCAUCGCCGAAGUCGUCACCCCCAACAUCCCCGAAGCCGAGGCCCUAUCAGGCCUGAAGGUCACGUCGCUGGAUGAUAUGAAAGCAGCCGCCAGGGCCUUACACGCCCUAGGACCAAAGUAUGUGUUGGUGAAGGGAGGACAUUUGCCGAUGACGAAGAGCGGGGCAAGCAUACUCGCUGGCGCGAAAGAUGCGCAUGUGAUUGAUGUGCUGUAUGAUGGACGGGAGUUUGUGGAGUUUGUGCAUCCGUUUUUGGACACGAAGGCUACCCAUGGGACGGGAUGCACGUUGUCGGCUGCGAUUACGGCGGGGCUUGCGAAGAAUAUGGAUGUGCCACUGGCUGUGAAAGAAGCCAUCGAGUUCGUCUCCAAAGGCCUCUCCACAAGUUUCACCAUCGGGCACGGUGCAGGCCCGCUCAACCACUUUCCCUCCGCCCCCUCUCCCCUCACCGUCUCCUCCAACGGCCCCGUCAAACCCAAACGCUCAUUCGUCGAAACCCUCCUCGCCACCUGCCCCGAAGAAUGGCGGCGAUACGUCGAACACCCCUUCGUUCUCGGUCUCGCGGACGGGACACUGCCCAUCCAGAGCUUCAAGCACUAUAUUCGCCAGGACUAUAUCUUCCUGAAGCAUUACGCGCGGGCGAAUGCGCUGGCUGCGUAUCGGGAGCAUGACAUGGCGCAGAUUGUGAAGGCGGCGCAGAUUGUGGUGCAUAUUGGGCAUGAGUGUCAGAUGCAUGUCAAGUUCUGCGAACAAUGGGGCAUCACCCUCCCCACCCUCGAAGCCACCCCCGAAGCCACCCCGAACCUCGCCUACACCCGCUACGUCCUCGAAAAAGGCAUGUCCGGCGACCGCCUCGACCUGCGCGUCGCCCUCGCCCCCUGCCUCCUCGGCUACGGCGAGAUCGGACUGCGACUCGCUAACGACCCCAACACGAAGAGAGAGGGGAACAUCUACUGGCCGUGGAUCCAGAAUUAUGCGAAGGAGGAUUUCCAGGCGGCUGUGCGGGAGGGGAGGGAGCUGUUGGAGAGCUUGUUUGAGGAGAUGGUGCCUGAGGGGAACACGAAGAGGAUCAAGCAGCUGUGUGAUACGUUUAGGCAGGCGACGGUGCUGGAGGAGCAGUUUUGGGAAAGUAAGUGGUGGUGUUGUGAGGGCAGUUGGUGCGGCCUACAGUACCCUGAGUACAACGUAGCCGCUCUUCGUGGAUUCUGUUGCUGA